AAUUGCUGUUUGCUGGUAGCAACUUCUUCCCUUCUUUGAAGUUUGAAUUUUCCCCUUCCCUUCGUCAAGGAAUCUGCUGCCAGUGCUGGAGUUAAGAAUUGCCUUGUCGACUUUGAAUGCCGGAGACGAAGGAUGGGAAGGAAGAAAUGUGGGAGCAGAGCCUGCAAUCACGUGGUUUGAAGUCCUACCUAUGGUGAAGAGAAAGCAACAGCUUUGAUCCAAUUGGCAAUUGCCUCGACCGCCCUUUGCACUGGAAACCACAGAUAGGUCUCUUGCCAGCAUGACGUCAGCAAAAGCGCUGGCGGGCUCCUCAGCCAUGCCGUGCGCUCAAUGCGGCUUUGGGCCGUCCCAGUCUUUCAGGGCCGAGCCCUCUCCACCGUCAACUGCCGGCCCAUAUAGAAAUCAUCUUGCCUCGCCCUCCUCCUUUUCUAAUCAUACAAAAUUCAAAAAUAGAAAAGCGCCCAAAUGGCCGGCUGGUUUUGGCAAGAUGAAAGGGGCCCGGCGGGCCGUGUCAAUGGAGUACGGGGGAAACAUGAUCAGACCGGAAUUGACGGGGGAGCGGGAGAUUGUGUCGGGCCAGCAAAUGCUGCAGCAGCUCCGGAAGCAGUUGCUUGAAGCCAUCAACAUGGAGGAUUACAUCGAGGCAGCGCGGGUUCGUGACUUCAUCAGCAUCGUCGUCUCCCAGGACCCGGUGCUGAGCACACGCGAGGCGCUUGAGCGGGCAAUCUCUGAGGAGCGGUACGACGAUGCGGCCAAGCUGCGCGACGAGUUGAAAGACCUGACCCCGGUCGAGGAGGAGACUGCAAGCUUUCUGGGCGAUCUGGGGAACUCCAGUGAUACACUCACACAGAACAUCCGCGUGCGCGUGAAGAGUGGUUACGUGGUGGAGCGCAGCGACCCUCUGAAGCAGCAGUACUUCUUUGCGUACCGCAUCCGCAUCACCAACGAGGGCCCGCGCACCGUCCAGCUCCUGCACCGCCACUGGGUCAUCACCGACGCCACCGGCCGUACCGAGGAGGUCCGGGGUCCUGGAGUGAUUGGCGAGCAGCCUGUCCUGAGGGCCGGGCACGAGUUUGAGUACACUUCUGCUUGCCCUCUUAGAACGCCAGCGGGCAAGAUGGAGGGCGAGUAUCAAAUGAUCCACGUGGACUCGGACGACCCGGCUCCCUUUGCAGUCAAGAUCGGUCCGUUUGCUCUGCGGGCGGAGGAGGAUGAGGAAAGCGCGGCGGGGUUCCAAUAGCGGCGGGCUCUGGCUGAUCUCGAGUCUAAGGAGAUAGAGUCAGCUACAGAGUUUAUAGAUAUUGUUGAGUGUUGAGUGAGCGGGCUAACUUAGUCACCUUAAUCCCGACACGGUUUCUUGACUGGAGGCUGUACACUGAGAAAGCAGCCUGCCGUCGGGAGUGCAUUUGUGUGCGCUAUUGUUGGAUAACCUAGCUAAGUCUAGGCGUGGAGUCAAUCCUCGCAGGUUCGCCAACCUCAAACGAAGAUAAGAGCAGGCGGACUUCCUGUGACCAGCACUACAGGUCAGCCAACUGUCGACACCCACUGGAUUAAGCUUGCACGUUAAGGACUUUGUUGCAAGCAUGUGGGCUUUGCCUUCCACCCACUAGAAGGGGUGGGGAGAAGUCUGUAUUUUUAGGUUGGACAAAGCUGGGGGUACAUAGCGUUCGACUCCUUCUGGCCGGAAGUACCUGGUUCCUCUUGACCGGUGGGGCUGCGGCCAACUUUCAAAUGUAGUUAUAAACCUUUUAGUGAUUACUAGCUAGCAGUUCGACAUGUGCCUAGUUGGGUGCCCACGUGGUCUCGAGCAAAAGCUCACACUCUGAUGAUAAGCAGUCAGAUUUGUGCUUGCCGGUCAAGUUGUCAACGUUGAGCAGGGCUUUGAUAAAGUUGGGGUCGAGUCAACAGUGUGAUUGAGCCCACUGAAUGAAACAGCACUCUCGUGUAUCUUGUCAAUCCCCUGUAGUUAAACGAGACAGCUACAGUUUACAUGCAGUGUGCUCUGCGCGCUUAAGUACUAAUACUUAAACCCACUUCGUAUAGCGGCUCCAAGGUCGAUAUGCAACUGAUCCGCGG